CCCCCUGUUCAAAGACGUCACCACCACCACCACAGAGAGCCAACUCAACCUCGGUUUGACACAGAACACAACACAAGCACGCACAGAGAGGCUGCACCGGGAGCGCAGGAGCCCAGCCAUGUCACGUUAACAGCAACGGGGGACUGCGGAGGGGGCAUCGGUGGCAAACUCUUCUCUCGGGAAAUGUCCUUCAUGCUGCAGCUCCUGAGGAGAGAAUGAAGCGCAAAAGCGAGAAGAGGCGAACCGAGUCGAGGAAAAAACGCCGCGCAGCCCACAGCAGCUCAGAGGCGGAGCUAAGCUCUGAUAUUUACAUUGAGAUAACAGAUCAACUAUAUUUUGCCAUUCUUCAUCAAAAGAUCAAGAGCACAGCUGACCGACACUGUUUCUGCAUAGACGAAGAGCUGGCAUAUGAGAACUUCUAUGCGGAUUUUGGUCCCCUUAACCUGGCCAUGUUUUAUCGCUUCUGUUGCAAGCUGACAAAGAAGCUCAAGUCAAUUACACUCACGAGGAAGAAGAUCAUUUUUUAUACUUGUGGGGAUCAGAAAAAACAAGCCAACGCUGCCUACCUAAUAGGAUCGUAUGCAGUGAUGCAUUUAAACAUGACACCAGAGGACGCCUACAGCCUGCUGGUAUCCAGGAAUUCAACUUAUCUUCCAUUCAGAGACGCCUCGUUUGGAACCUGCAUGUACAAUCUGGACAUUCUGGACUGCCUGCGUGGAGUUCACAAAGCUGUGCAGUACGACUGGCUGGACUUCUCCAACUUUGAUGUGGAAGAGUACGAGCACUACGAGAGGGCGGAGAACGGAGACUUUAACUGGAUAAUCCCUGGGAAGUUCCUCGCGUUCAGUGGCCCUCAUCCAAAAAGCAAGAUAGAAAAUGGGUACCCUUUACAUGCUCCCGAGGCCUACAUCCCGUACUUCAGAAAACACAACAUCACCACCAUCAUCAGACUCAACAAGAAGAUGUAUGAUGCGAGACGUUUCACCGAUUCGGACUUCGAGCAUCACGACCUGUUCUUUGUGGACGGGAGCACGCCAAACGACUCCAUCGUCAGAAAGUUCCUCAACAUCUGCGAGAACGCAGAGGGAGCCAUUGCGGUCCACUGCAAGGCUGGCCUGGGAAGAACCGGUACGCUUAUCGCCUGUUACAUGAUGAAACAUUACGGCCUGACUGCAGCGGAGGCCAUCGCUUGGAUACGGAUCUGCCGGCCAGGAUCCAUCAUUGGACCACAGCAAAACUUUGUAGAAGAAAAGCAGAACAGCCUCUGGGCAGAGGGAGAUGUUUUCCGGGAGAAGAAGCUGAAUGAGCGGGAAAACGGCAAGACGGCUGUGACCAGGAUCCUGUCUGGAGUGGACGACAUCACAAUCAACGGCAGCAACAAGAACAGGGCGUCCAAGAAAGAAGAAAUAGAGCUGUACAACGACGAAGACGAGAGAAACGGCGUCACGCAGGGCGACAAACUACGAGCCCUGAAGAGCAAGAGGCAGGCCAGGUCGUCUUCGGGUUCCUUGUCGCAGGUGGUAGUGUUCUGCUGCAGCCUCAUGGGCACGGCGUGGCCGAUGUGUUGCCUGCCGUUCAAAAGGUAGCAGAGAGAGGCAGAGAGAGGGACAGUGGGGCAGAGAGAGAGGAUGUGAGGUUUUGUAUGAAGGAGGUAAGUGCACGUCACUUCCUUUUCAGCUUACAUCCUCUUCCUGUAGAGAUGGUUGCUAUGCCAAUGAAUGGUAUGGCUGAUCUUGUUGUUUUUUUUUCUCCUUUCUUUCUUUGGAUUACUAUGGUGUUAAGUGGAUAUGCACUUAGUGAAUGCGUUUCAUUUACACGCCUUUCAUUGUCUGCCUGGUGGACGCACUGAGCCGCUCUGCUUCGAUAUAAAGGCAUACAGUCACUUGCAGAGGUUCUCCAACCCCUCAGAUGUUUUUCUGCAUUUUGUCACUUUAUAGCCACUAACUUCAAUGGGAUUUUGUUUGAUAUUAGAGAAAUGCUAAAAACACUUUAUCUACAUUGAAAAGUUCAGUGAGAAAGAAAGCCAUAAAAAGCUAAGUAAGGAAAAUACAACAAAACUAAAACGGCACAUGACCUGGCAAAAACAUCCCAAUAGUGAAACAUGGUGGGUGCAACAUCAUGCUGUGGGGAUAUUUUUCAGAGUUCCUGUGAAGAUGGAUGGAGCUAAAAACAGGACAAUCCUGGGGACAAAAAUAUUUGCUGGAAGCUAAAAAAAAAAUAAAUACAUAAGACUCGGGUGGAGGUUCUUUUUCCAUCAGCACAACAUCCCUAAAUGUGCAACCAGAGCUACAACAGAAUGGCUCACAACAUAUCAGUGUGUUAGUAAGGACCAGUCAAAGUCCAAAUGUAGAUCAAAUUGUUUGUUCUUCAAUCUUAAGAGCAAUCUUUUGUUGUUCUAAAGAUUGUAGAUAUCUUUACAAUCCUUGUAAAGACUUUUGACAAGGAAGAAUUGGCAGAAAGAUUUUCAAAAACUAAACAUCCUCUUAAAGACUUGGUUCCACAUGGCUCUACAAAGUGCCUACUCAUUAUAGCUUUAAUCUUCCAUGCACUGUGCUUUUGUUUAUCACGUCAAAUCUCAGUAAAACACACUUCUGAAAGUUUGUGGUUGCAACGUGACAGAGUGAAAAUGUUAGAGCGGUACAAACACCUUUGCAAGGUACUGCAUCCUAGAUAUCUUCUGUCAAUUCGGGCCUAAAAAUAAAGUCCACCGUUGUUUUUACUAGCAGCACCAGUUGUUCAACUAAUUCCAGAAAUAAAUAAGAUCUGGAAUAGCUGAACUGAAGGUUUUGGUUCUUGGCUUGCACUGCUGACUUGGCACUACUCAUAAAGUCGUUAAGAAACACUUAAGCCUUUAUAAAAAUCUGCAGUAGCUACUUCUGUUUUUGGUCAGUUAGUUCCUUUUCCUGCUCCAAAUGUUUAGCACUAGCUUUUUCUCUUUUAAAGUAAAUAUACCAUAUUCUAAUUAUUUUUGAUUUGUGACUUAAUUUGUGGUUGUGUAAGGACAGUUAAUCACAAAACAUCAUGCAUAAAUUUCUGAGGGUGAAUUGGGGUUAAAAGCAGAUUCUUAUGCAUUCUCAGGGGGAAGUGGAGACAGAAUAGGAGGUUCACCUGCACUUUUAGGGCAUAUGCUGUAUCAAUGUAUAUCCUGCUAUACAAACAUCCAAUUCAGGGCUGAAUUUCACCAUCUGGCUCCACUGUUUUGUUGCGCAACACUGCAGCGCAUGUUCAGUUGCAGGGACAAUUAGAAGAAUGCUUAUCCAAACUUUUGCCCAUCGCUUCUGCCGUUUUCCAUGCAUGACACAAAGUACUAAACUCCUUUGGGCAUGCACGCGCCUCAGUUUCGAUCACCGUUUCCGUCUAACAUGUUACAAUGUUGGGCUGGAGUCACUGUCAGUUGCCUGUUGUUUUUCCAUUGCCUUUAUGACUGGAUCAGUGUUCACAUGCCACCUGAGCUUUUCACUCCUGCAGGUUUCCGACUCUGUCAUGCUUCUGUCGAAGUCGGCAGUUUCAUGAAAUGAAAUUAGAUGAUCCACACGGUUGAAACCAGAUAUUUGCAUAAACUGUUGUUAAGGAAAUAAAGAAGUCUUGCCUAAGGUGAAACACCGAGUCAAUCAAGAAUGAAUCAAAAUGCAUUUUGAUUAUUAUUUCAUUAAGAAAUUAAGCAAAGAACAUGAGCAGUGACUCGCCUGUCUAGUUCAGGGAAGUGAAGAAAAGAUGAAGGUACAUCGCUUUUUAAUAUCCACCAACCCGCUUACAAAGAGGGGAGGGGGAAAAAAAGGAGGAUCCCACCAGUUUCAGUUUACUUCGCAACUCUGGUAUUUGCACCUGCAGACUGUCACCCUAGACAGUUCAAACCCAGUUCAGAAAUACCCUUUGUUUUGUGUUUCCAGCGAGCUGAGUCCAACAUGAAGGGUGCUUUAUAGAUAAAAUUGAUUGAUUGAAAUAAAAAGUCUUGUCACAACGCCUGUGUAAGGAGAAACAAUGUUUUUGAGAAACAAUUUUUCUUUCACUGACUGUUUAACCCUUAAUCAGACUUAGCGUUUCCUGUUUUCGGCCAGUUAGUAUUAAUAUGAUCAUUUAUAUUUGUUAAAUGGCAAAAAAUAAUAAGCGAUAUUAAAAACCUUCAUUGAAUUCUAGCAGACUGGAGCAUUUAUGUCUUGAAACUAUUUGUUUCAAGAUAGUGAAACUAUUUGUUUCAAGACCUAAGAUCUGAAGCCAAUAGAGGUUUUUUGGGCAGAGUUAAAAAGGUGUGUGUGACUAGACAUAGUAAAAACCGGACUCGGUUACAUUGGUUCUGCAAAGAGGAAUGGACCAAACUUCUAGCAAACUGUUGCUGGAAAAUACUAGAAACAUUUGACCCAAGUAAUCCAGUUUAAAGGGAAACUGCAUACGUUUUAAGAAAGUUUAAUAUUUUAUCACUUAACAAACGGAAACAAUUGGUAUUCAUAAGAAAAGUUUGGAUUUAACAUCAAACGGUGACAAAAUAAAGAUCUUCUUUUUACACAGCGUAUGUCAACAUCUGGUUUCAACUGCUCCUAAAUUCUUGUUGGGUUUCACAUUGGUUGGGAAGUCUGACAGUUAUAACAGUCUACGUUGUGCAAUGAAAUACAUUUACUCUCAUGUUCAAUUCGUUUCUGCACUUCGAGUCAUUUAUGGGGACAUGCGGGUGUCGACUGCUGUUAAACAAUGUCUGCAAUGUCAGAAUAUCAGAACAAACUCCAGCCGUGUGGGACGAUUGGAUGGAUGCAAGACUUUGUGAAGAGGGUGUUUCAUCUAAUCCAGUCCCAGUGGAAAAGCACAACAUGAGAGGCUUUGUGUCCUGCCCAGACGUCUCUUGUCUCUCCUUCCUUUUUUUUCCCCCCCGUUUGCUCUUGUUGGAUUUGUCCUCCUUUCAGAUGGCUGGUAGCCAUGCUGCUCUCCCUGUGUAGCCUUGCCCUGUGGUGGAUUGUGUAUGGCUUCCCUUCCUCCAUCCUGCAUUUCUGUAUAGA